UUAUAAAAAAUAAUUUGCCUCGCAAACAAAGAGCAUGUAGAGAGUAGUAUAUUGGAUUUUUUUUUUUUCUUUGAAGCAUAUGUUCAAGAGGAAAACGGAACGUUUUCGUGGUUUCCUUUUGUGAAGGAAAAAAGGAAACGGGACGGAAUAUGUUUCAACAUUUUGCUAUAACCAGAAGAAGUAGGAGUCCUUUUAAUUAAUUAUUUUCACGCUCAAGGAAUCGAAGUGCCAGAAAUUUCUUCCAACUCUUCUUCCUUCCUCCCUUCCUUCGUCGUAUUAUUUUUACUUUAUUUAUUAUUAUAUCUCCAAUUUUCUCUCCAUCCGACACCAAAAUUCUAUCUUUUAAUUUGUUUUCCUUCAGCGAUCUCUUAUUUCAUUCUCAGGGAAACAUUUUUUUAGGGCUACUCUUUGUUGAUUGAAUCAAAGGAAUUCCUUUAAUUUGCGCUCUGGAAAAUUGACUGUUACGGUAUUUAGGGGUUAGUGGAGGCGGUGAGAUUCGAGAAUGUUCUUCACAGGUGAUCCGACCAGUCGGAAACGAGUUGAUUUGGGAGGUCGGAGCUCGAAGGAGAGAGAUAGGCAGGAACUUCUAGAACAAACGCAAUUGAAGCGGAAUCGCCGCCUCUGGUUGCGCCAGCAGAAUUUUGCAGCUCUCAAGAUUCAGAAAUACUUCAGAGGGAGAAAGGUAGUAGAAACUGAACAUGCCAAGGUGUGAGAGCAGUUCUACCAAACCUAUGGAGAGCACUGCCAAAACGUAGACAGGCAUUGUUUUGGUCCAGACUCAGAGUUCCUUCGCCAGCUAAUUUCUUAUUUAAUGAUCGGAAUAUAAAUGAUUUUUCAGUUCUUGUUGCCAAUUACUUCAGCAUUUUGUUUGAGAUCGUGGAGAUGUUGUGGGACUCUUUGCAUGCUUGGACUAUUCAUCCAAUCAUUUCUUGGUUGCCUACAAAUUAAAGUUAUUCUCAUUUGCUUGUAUUCAGGCUAUACAUCCGAACAAGUUUUUGCAUUUCAGAGCUUGACCCAAUACUACACUAAUCAGAUGGCAUUGUGCGUACAAAACCAUGCUAAUGUGCUUCCCAUUGAUACAUCAAACGAGUUUCCUGGGUAUGCCUGUCUCCUUGGUCAUAUAUUAGAAACAGCACGUGCUGCUUUAUCUCAGCCUGACUGCUCAUUUGAAAUGGCCAUAGACCUCGCAGCAGUUACAACUUUCUUGUUGGAAUCUCUUCCUCCAAUAAAGUCUUCAAGCAGAGAAAGUUCUACAGUUGGGGAGGAUGAUAUGACCAUAGGUGAUGAAGUAGUGGAAAUAACGUUGGAUGAUAAUUUGGAACGACAGAUAACCAAUGCUGUUGAUUCAUGCUUUCUUCUGCAAUUGGCUAAUGUGUUAUUUGGAGGGAUUUCCACUGUAUGUGGUUCACAUAAUGAAGGACCAGAUGAUAAGGAAGUGGCAGCCGUUGCUGUUGCUUGUGCUUUUCUGCAUGUUACAUUCAAUACUUUACCUCUAGAGAGAAUCAUGACCAUACUAGCGUACAGAACUGAACUUGUACCGGUGCUUUGGAAUUUUAUGAAGCGAUGUCAUCUAAAUCAAAAGUGGUCAUCCUUUGCUGAGCGAUUUUCAUACCUCUUGGGAGAUGCACCCAGCUGGCUGCUACCUCUGUCCGUAUUCUGUCCAGUGUACAAGCACAUGCUUAUGAUAGUUGAUAAUGAGGAGUUUUUUGAGGAGGAGAAGCCACUUUCUCUGAAGGAUUUCAGAUGCCUAAUUGUCAUUCUGAGACAGGCUUUGUGGCAGCUCCUAUGGGUGAAUCCUUCAGCUCACCCUAGUUCUGGGAAAUCUGUCUCCAACACAUUUGCUCGUAAGAGGCACCCUAUUGAAGCUACACAAAAUAGGGUUGGUACGGUAGCCACUGAGCUCCUCUCCCAGUUGCAAGAUUGGAACAGUCGGCAACAGUUUACUCCCCACACCGACUUUCAUGCUGAUGGUGUAAAUGACUUUUUUAUUUCUCAGGCUGCAAUGGAAGGUACAAAAGCAUGUGACAUAUUGAAGCAAGCACCUUUCUUGAUUCCAUUCACUAGCAGAGUUAAAAUAUUCACUUCACAAUUAGCAUCAGUUAGGCAGAGACAAGGUGCUCAUGGUGUUUUUCCCAGAAAUCGAUUCAGAAUACGAAGGGAUCACAUUUUGGAAGAUGCUUAUAAUCAGAUGAGUGCAUUGUCUGGAGAGGAUCUUAGAGGAUUGAUUCGUGUAACAUUUGUCAAUGAAUUUGGAGAAGAGGAGGCUGGGAUUGAUAGUGGUGGAAUUUUCAAAGACUUUAUGGAGGAUAUUACUCGAGCUGCAUUUGAUGUGUGGUAUGGGUUAUUUAAGGAAACAUCUGAUCACCUCCUAUACCCUAAUCCUGGAUCAGGAAUGAUACAUGAACAGCACAUCCAAUUUUUCCAUUUCUUGGGAACACUUCCAGCGAAGGCCAUGUUUGAUGGGAUUCUUGUGGAUAUACCAUUCACAACAUUCUUCUUGAGCAAAUUGAAACAAAACUACAACUAUUUAAAUGACUUGCCUUCGUUGGACCCAGAGUUAUAUCGCCACGUUAUUUACUUAAAGCAUUAUAAAGGGGACAUCAUGGAGUUGGAGCUCUACUUUGUAAUUGUGAAUAAUGAAUAUGGAGAGCAAACAGAAGAAGAGCUCCUAGCAGGAGGCAAAAACAUACAUGUUACUAAUGAGAAUGUCAUCAUAUUUAUUCUCCUUGUAUCUAACCACCGUUUGAAUUUUCAGAUACGGCAACAAAGUUCUCAUUUCCUUAGUGGAUUUCAACAGCUUAUAUAGAAAGAUUGGAUUGAUAUGUUCAAUGAACAUGAAUUGCAGCUUCUGAUAUCAGGUUAACUUGACAGCUUGGAUGUUGAUGACCUACGAUGCCACACCAAUUAUGCGGGUGGCUAUAACGGUGUGCACUAUGUCACCGAUAUGUUUUGGGAAGUUCUUAAAAAUUUUUCGCUGGAAAAUGAGAAGAAAUUUUUAAGUUCUUUUUAUGUUUGUGACUGGGUGUUCUCGAGGACCGUUGCUGGGAUUCAAAUAUCUUGAACCUUUAUUUUACAUACAGAGAUCCAAUAAGAAAUUGAAAUUUUGCCGUUGGCUCUUUUGCAGAGCCGCUGGUAGUGCCUCUGAAGAAGCAUUGGACUGAUUACCGACAUCAGCUACUUGUAUGAACCUUCUAAAGCUUCCACCGUAUAGAAGCAAAGAGCAACUAGAAACCAAAUUGUUGUAUGCCAUAAAUGCAGAUGCUGGUUUUGAUUUGAGUUGAUAUGCCCUGUGAAUUCCAAUUUUACACAAAGCCAUGCUCUGCUGUUAGGUUGAGAACUAUACUCCUCAUUUGUAAUUAUAUUAAAAAUUGGUGUCAGUGCUAUGACAAUCUCCUAGUGCCCAAGUGUAAAGGAUUGUAAGAGCUGCAAGCAAGGAGGCUUAUGGUGAAGUGAUGAAUGCUCUGGGUGAUGGCUGGGCAUAAGAGUGUAUAUAGUUGAGUCAAUAUAGGAUUUGGUCAGUGAAUUUAGUUGCUGUCACGUGUAUAUAUAUUUUACCUAUAAACUUGCCUUAUGUAAAACUUUUGGUAUAAAUAUGAAAGGCCAAAACCAUAAGAGGUAGGCUGCAUUUACAGAUUUUUAAUAGAUGAAAUAGGUGUCCUGUGCAGCGUUUAGUUGAAAUGA